AUGCCGUCACCAACAACGCAAGAACGAGCGCCGCUCCUCCCGUCUAGCCACUCCCCCGACGCACACGGUCUUCCAGCGACCGACCCGGACACUCAUGCACCACCACACAAACACACGAGCCUGAAGAUUACGCUCUCGAGUCUACUUACGCUGCUGCUCAUUUCGGCGAUUGUAGCUCUUGUCACUUGGUUCGAACAGGGAUUGCCGAGCGAUCCUGAAAAAGCGGCGCUGGCAAUUUUGGAAAGCGCGCCGGUUAUCAUUAGAAAUACUAAGAUUGUGAGAACAGAUUUGCCAGAACUCGUAAGAGUAGUGUACAAGAAUAAUAUCACCGCCUUUGAUCUACGCGAGCGCAUGCCAGCCCAUGUCGACAUUCCUCGUAUUCGUAAAGGCCGAGUUGGUGGGUUCUUUUGGAGUGUGUAUGUCGGUUGUAAGGUGGUGGUUUCCCUCCGGAAAAAGGACGAUGGACCAGAUUUUUUGGUUCCUACGAAUAGAGUUAGGGAUACUUUGGAGCAAAUCGAUGUGGCCAAGUUGUUGAUUCAACAAUACCCAGAAACAUUCCUACUUGCUACGAGCACUGUUGAUAUCAAAGAAGCGUUUCGAGUUGGCAAGGUCGCAUCUCUCAUAGGAGUAGAAGGUGGACAUCAGCUCGGAAACUCGCUCGCGGUACUCAGGCAAUACCAAGCCCUGGGUGCUCGUUAUCUAACGCUCACCCACUCGUGCAACAAUGCAUUCGCCGACUCGGCAGGGAUUUCGACACCUGUACCUCCCACUCACGGAGGACUUAGUAAACUUGGAGAAGACCUGGUUUUCGAGUUGAACCGUUUGGGCAUGCUCGUAGAUUUAUCGCACACAUCGGAUGAAACGGCCGUUCAAGCACUGCAACUGAGCCGUGCCCCCGUGAUUUGGUCCCAUUCAUCGGCUCGUGCUGGUAAGAAGGAUGGAGUCGUCAUGAUCAACUUUUCAUCUGGUUUUGUGGCAAAUCCUGGGAAUGCUAGCGUAGCGGUUGUAGCCGACCAUGUGGAGCAUAUAGGCCGCGUUGCGGGUCGCAAACACGUUGGUAUUGGAAGUGAUUACGAUGGCGUUUCCUCCACCCCUGUAGGUCUGGAGGACAUAUCGACUUAUCCAGCACUCUUCGCUGAGCUUCUUCGCCGUGGUUGGACCCGUUCUGAACUCAUUGGCCUUGCGAGUGGGAAUCUGCUUCGUGUUCUCGAAGGUGCCGAGGUUGUUGCCCGCCAGCUAUCUCGUCUCCCGCCAAGCAUGGCUCGGUAUCAAAAUAGGACGGACUUGUGA